AAAUAAAUAAAUAAAUAAAAUCCUUAAAAAAAACUAUCACUUAGUGUUGCAGAUUCCAGUGCUUCCUGGUACCUGCCCCUUCUCUCUUCCCCAGGUCUCCAUCUCCUCCCUCCCUCCUACCUGGUCCCCAUGUGAGACCAGAGGUUUUCAGGAUGAGUAGAGGUUGGGUGAAGUCCUGCUGUUCUCCUAGCCCUGAUUUUGUUCUCUCGGACAGCAUUUUUGUGUCCUGUCUCCUCCCAGCUGGUUGUGACAAAAUGCAUGGGAGGCUGUGGUUGGAGUGUGCCUCUGUAACAGAAAUGCAUUGCUUGUGAGCUCAAAGAGUUAGCAUUUCAGGCCCCUGCCUUUUGAUUCUUACUUUUCCUCACAGAGGCUGAUACCUUUUAUUGCUCAUUUAAAAAAGUAUUAACUACAUCAAACAUACAGAAAAGUCCAGAGAAUAACAUUCACCAGGUACCCAGAUCUAAAAUACGUUAACAUUUUGCUACAUUUGCUUCAGGUUUUUUUUUCUUUAAGAUACUUGACAGAGUUGGAACCCAUUGUCAUCCUCUUCUGUCCUUCCGUCAGCAGAAGCAAGCACCAAAUGGAAGUUUAUGUGUAUCCUUUCUGCUCAUGUGUUUAAUUUUUUUUAUAUGUAUUUAAACAAUGGGACAGAGCAAUAAAAGAAUUGACUGCUUUCAAAAUGUUAUUAGUAACAUAUCAGUAACAUUUGUACAUAAAAAUGUAAUAUGCACCAAUUUGUAGACUUGAUGACACUUAUGACACUUCAUUUUGUAUGUUGGGAGUCUGCUAAACUGGGUUGUAUUGCUGCCAUGCAAAGGUCUGGGAGCGUACCAGUGAAUGAACACAUACCAAGUUGUCAAAGCAUUACCGUUGGUACAGUGAGAUGGAACAGAAAGGAUGCAUCUUAAAAGAGCACAAGGCAAUCACAUCGGCAGAGGAGGUAGGCAGGCAAAUUUGUGUCCCUAUUUAGACAAGUCCCAGGAUGUGGAAAUGAAGGAAGGCAUCCCUCAGAGUAUCAUCUGUUGCAUUCCCUGAAAAGGGAGAAUAAAACUUUAUUUCUUUAUCCUGUUUAAGCCCUCAUAUAGAGUAAACUUAAAGUAAAAUGAUACAAGGGAAGUGCAAAUAGCUGCCAGUGAUGAAGCUGUGUUUUACUGAAGUGGCAAAAUGAAUCUUAACCUCCAUAAAUGGGCUUGUAAGGGAUUUGCUGAAAGUAAAUACCUUUUGUGCCAUAUGAAGCACGUGGGUCUUCAUCAGUUCCUUUUUGCAAAAGAUACCAUCAAAGGGAUCUUUUUUUGGACAUGAUUAUGGAACGGUUAUUCCUACAGUUGCAAAACAUCUCCAGCGUUCCCAUUUUCCAUCAGGAUGAGGCUCUGCCUCACUUUCAUUAAUCAGUCCAGAGAUUCCUAAUGUACACACUUCCUCGUAUGGAUUGGACACUGCUCAAAAGGUUGACCUGCUUCGGGAAUAGUGGCCUCAAGAUCUCCCAGCUGCCCCACCAUGUGACUUCUUGUGAGGAUGUGUCAAGAACCUCCGUGUUUAUACCACUUCUUCCCUGUAGCCUUGAGGGAAUACCAUUUCAGCUCUGAACAGUGAUACGUUACAAAGGGCCUGAAUGAAAUGGGCUGCAGGAAUGUGUGCCUCCUGACAAGAAAGUCACUGUAUAAAUGCCUUGUUUCCUGGGUCCACGGGAAGCAUGAGUCUGUUGGGACUUGGGAUAAGAAGAAAACAAGACAUCUUCCCAAGAAAAACCAGACACUAACAAAAAGUAUCCCAAAGUCUGAAGAGCUAGAACACAAACAUGGCCGACAGAGGAUUUAGGGAUCCUGCAGAGGCCUCUCAAAAGGAUUUGGAAAAUGACCCAUCAAUAAGUUCUCAGGCACCGGAGACCUCAGUCCCAGCAAGUACCACUGAGGAAGCUGAGACCCCAGACCCCGCCUCUGGUCCUAACGAAGUCCACCAAGAGGUAGAAACAAUAGUUCCAGGAAGUGCAGACACAGAUGGCCAAUCAGAAAGUCCAGAUGGGACCGAUUAUGGGAACUAUCCAAAGGACAAAACAGAACACGAGAACAACCAGAGUUUUCACGAAGAGCAGAACCCACCAGAACCCACCUGUUCUCCAAGUGGCAGGGUGGGAAGAGAAGAUGCACUCUUAAGGAGCGGCUCUGCAGCCCUGCCUGAGGAGGUGAGCAGCGGACCUGGAGUUUCACCCGAGCUACCUGCCACAGACUCUCAGGCUGCCCAGAGCCCUGAGCGUUCCCCCGCAGUGCUGGAGAGCCAGGCUACCGUGAGGAGGCGACUGCUGGCACCAGAGGCUGAAAGUCAUCAGCAAGAAACACAAGAGUUGGAAGAAAACAAAGAGAAUGCACUUGAUACCGUAAGAAAGAUGAGUGAAAAGAAUCAAAGACGUUAUGGCUCCAUCAUUUUUGGCAUCCUGGUUAUGGUUUUUUUGCUAAGCUGUGUUAAUAGCUAUUUCUCUCCAGCCCAGCAAGUGUCCAAAAAUCCAGCUUUGGAGGCCUUUUUGGCUCAGUUCAGCCAAUUGAAGGAUAAAUUCCCAGGCCAGAGUUCCUUCUUGUGGCAGAGAGGACGUAAAUUUCUCCAGAGGCACCUCAAUGCUUCAAACCCUACUGAGCCGGCCACCAUCAUAUUUACAGCAGCUCAAGAGGGAAGAGAGACCCUGAAGUGCCUGAGUCACCUCGUUGCGGAUGCCUACACCUCCUCCCAGAAAGUCUCUGCCAUUCAGAUUGAUGGGGCUGGAAGAACCUUGGAGGACAGUGACACCGUCAAGCACUUGGUUGACAUGGAGCUGAGCUCGGGAUUUGAGAAUGGCCAGAAAGCUGCUGUGGUACAUCACUUUGAAUCCCUUCCUGCGGGCUCUACCUUGAUCUUCUACAAGUAUUGUGACCACGAGAAUGCCGCCUUCAAAGAUGUGGCCCUGGUCCUGACUGUUCUCCUGGAGGAGGAGACAUUAGAAGCAAGUGUUGGCCCAAGGGAAACUGAGGAAAAAGUGAGAGAUUUACUCUGGGCCAGGUUUACCAACUCUGACACUCCCCGCUCCUUCAACCACAUGGACUCGGACAAACUGAGUGGGCUCUGGAGCCGCAUUUCACACCUGGUGCUGCCCGUCCAGCCUGUGAGGAGCAUAGAAGAACAGGGGUGCCUUUUAUAAGCUAAGCACAGAGCUGGUUUCUGAAGGCCUGGAUUUAUUAAAAAAUCAGUUUAAAAACCUGUUUCUGUGGAAGGAGGUUGAUGAAAAGCCUGGAAAGCACAAAUGAGCUUAUUUUAGAAAAGAAUUUUCAUUUUUUUAACUUUUGUACUAUCUUCUAAGUUUGACAAAACUCGGGCCUUUCAAGCAAAUCAGGUUUAAAAUAUGCAUAGAACAUAAUAACUGAAGCUUUUUUUUUUAAUCCAAAAAUAUAGCCACAGAAUCAUUGCAUGACUACAGAGUGAUUUUUGUUUUCUUGAUAAGGAGCCUUUUGGCUAGUGUUUGGACUUGGACUAGAACAAUUACAGUUAUGAAGCAAUAGUAAUUUAAAACAUGUUUUUUCUAUCACAUAUUAAAUAUUUUUAAAACUGAUUUUAAUAACUUAGUCAUAGGAUUACAUCUUAUACUAAUUUGCAUUUUUAAGUUUGAAAAGAAAUAUGAAUUAAAAUACUUAGCUAUAUGUAAGGCACUGUGCUUUUAUUCCAUUAAUGGGCUGAGGUAAAAGCCACUGUCCUCAAGAAAUGUUCUUAAAAAUUGGAAACAAGGGGGAAAUUGUUUAUAAUCAUUGGAAAUGAAGAAAUUCCAACGGCCUAUAUCUUUUCUUCAGCUUUCUUGAAUGUUUUAGAGCAGGGGUUUCUAAGCUGUGUCUACUGACAAGCCCCUCCUUUUUAUCAGAGCAGUUCUGCUUUUGACUGCUUUAUGUAGUGGGAGUCUCCAUAAGAUUUCAUUGGAAGAAAGAGUUCCACUGAUAAUGAAAUUUGAAAAUCGCUAAUUAAGUGAAAAAAAUCUUAGAAGAUAGGAAAAUGGGUAGGAAAAUCAUGAACGUAUUAAAGCUUAUGAGUUGGAAGAAGAUGAAAUACAGGUUUAUUGUACAGACAUGCUAUUUAUGAAAGAUAAAGAGCUACAGACGAAAAGAAGAAUGUAUAAGCGAGUAUUUGCUAAGCAUAUUUCUGAUGCUCUUGUUAAUUUCUCUUAGUCAUCAUUUCUGUCUCCCCUGAAUGGAAUUUUAUAGUUAUCUAGGAUGAGAGUUUGAGUGCCAUUUAAGCAGAACAGAGUUUAAUAACUAAUUGAAUAGUGGGUUUUAUGUGAGUGUAGUCUCAUAACUGCACUAUGCUGUUCACUUGUUACACAGUGGUGGCACAUUACAUAAUGCAGCUCAUUUCUCGACUAGAUGGUUAGAAAUACCAUUAGGUUAACAAUUAAAGAAAUGUAAGAGAUCUUAUACUUUGCAAAAGGAAGCAGACAUGGUAAAUGGAUUCUAAGAGGUUUUAAUGACCAAUAUUAGUUGUUGAGCCAUGUUCUGUGGUUAUAAGAAAGAUUGAGAACAGUGUUUAUGGAGACAGUAGUUGUUGAUUUGCAUUGCAGCUCUGAAGGCAGAACGCUACUAAAAUUAUCUUGACCUAAUGAAGGGUCUGUUCCAUGACAUGGCAUACCUGGGAACCACCACCGUGAUGCUGGAAUAUUGCAACAAGGUUUUGGCCUCUCUGCUGUGGUGGGAGCAGAAUAUGUAUGUAUAUAUAUAUCUUCCUAGUGUUUCUAAAACCCUUCCAUCCUUAAAUCAUGUGACUUCUUUCAUGCUUUAAGCAUUUUGAUGAUUAAAGCAUGAAGCAAGUCACAUGAUUAAAACAUGGAAGGAUUUUUGGAAACACUAGGAAGAUACAGGGAUCUUUAUCGAUCCCUAAAGGAUUACAGAGACAUGGGAGAAGAGAAUCUAUUGGAAAAUAUCUGUCACAGGAAAAA